UUUGAAACUUCUGUUCUGCACGCAGGGAAGCGCACCGGGAUUCGGGAAGGAGAGCCCCGGGUUUAACGGAAGAGAAUACAAGACACCGGUCCGGUCCAGUGUCGAACCGAAUUCUGGUACCAUGGACGACCUAGACGCCUUGCUGGCAGACCUGGAGUCCACGACUUCCCACAUCUCGAAGCGACCGGUGUUCCUGUCUGAAGAAACGCCCUACUCUUACCCCUCAGGACACGCCCCCCAAGAUGUUUUAAUCCCGCCCCCAGUGCCCCCGCCACCCUCUGCUGAGGCCUUGAACGGAACAGUGCUCGAACCCGCAGACUCCUAUCACCCCUCCCCACAAAGGAGUUCGUGGUCCCGGGACAGUAGCAGUCCCCCGCUGUCGCAGACAGAGGAGGAACACGUGUACAGUUUUCCAGUGAAGCUGAAAGCUGACGCUGCAGACCCCGCAGCGAUGAGCUCGUCUCUGGGCAGUAACCUGUCGGAGCUGGACCGCCUGCUGCUGGAGCUCAGCUCCGUUCAGCACAGCACGCCCUCAUUCGCCACUGAGGAGACGGCCCCACCUCCGCCAUCUAGCAGUACCACUCACUAUGUUCAGGAGAAUGGCGUCUCUGCUACAGCCAAGGCUCCCCCUGCCCCCAAGGAGAAGGCCAACCGCAGUGGCGGCCGUGGCAUUGAGGACGUGCGGCCCAGUGUGGAAAGCCUAUUGGACGAGUUGGAGAGCUCUGUGCCCAAUCCCACCCCUGCCCCCUCGGUGAUCCCUGGUGAGUUGACGGACGGGCAGGAGGAAACACCCAGCCAGCAGCAGGCCCGAAUCUCAGCCUCCUCUGCCACACGAGAACUGGAUGAGCUCAUGGCCUCCCUGUCUGACUUCAAGAUCAUGUCCCAGGGGAAGGCUGCAGCACCCCCACCAGGUCCCUCCAAUCAGGGAAACAAACUAGACUCCAUGCUGGGCAGCCUGCAGUCUGACCUCAACAGGCUGGGGGUGCAGACAGUGGCCAAGGGGGUGUGUGGAGCCUGCAGGAAGCCCAUUGUUGGACAGGUGGUGACUGCGAUGGGGCGCACCUGGCAUCCGGAGCACUUUGUGUGCACCCACUGCCAGGAGGAGAUAGGGUCCCGUAACUUCUUUGAGCGCGACGGGCAGCCCUUCUGUGAGAAGGACUACCACAACCUGUUCUCCCCACGCUGCCACUACUGCAACGGGCCAAUCUUGGACAAAGUGGUGACGGCGCUGGACAGGACUUGGCACCCGGAGCAUUUUUUCUGUGCUCAGUGUGGCACAUUCUUCGGCCCAGAGGGUUUCCACGAGAAAGACGGGAAGGCGUUCUGUCGAAAGGAUUACUUCGACAUGUUUGCGCCCAAGUGUGGUGGCUGUGCUCGUGCCAUCCUGGAGAACUACAUCUCUGCCCUCAACUCUCUGUGGCACCCUGAGUGCUUCGUCUGCAGGGAGUGCUUCACCCCCUUCAUAAACGGCAGUUUCUUUGAGCACGAAGGGCAGCCUUACUGUGAGGCUCACUACCACGAGCGGCGCGGCUCCCUCUGCUCCGGCUGCCAGAAGCCCAUCACCGGCCGCUGCAUCACUGCCAUGGGCAAGAAGUUCCACCCCGAGCACUUUGUCUGCGCCUUCUGCCUUAAGCAGCUCAACAAGGGCACCUUCAAGGAGCAGAACGACAAGCCCUACUGCCAGAGCUGCUUUGUCAAACUCUUCAGCUAGGGCAAGAGCAAGGGACGGAGUGUGUGUGAGAGAGAGUGUGUGUGUGCGUGCGUGUGAGCAUGCGAGUGUGUGAGAAGUGGGGUGGGAGACAGGAUGACUUUUAUUGUGUUUGAUGGAAAGGGUUGAGAGUCACUACCCUAGGAGUAAAUUGGAGUGGCUCUUUUUGUUAUUUUUGUGGAAUGCAAUUAUUUUGUGAAUGAGGGUGCACCAGCACCCCCUACUGGCUGCCACAUGUUACAAGGGGAACCUUGGGCUUGCUGCAGAUGAGGGUUAGGUAUUUACAGGAUGUUAAAGAAAAGCAGGAUUUUAGGCUUGGAGAGGUUUGUUUUUUGUUUUCUCUUUGGUAAUGGGAAAGUGAGAGGUUUUCUCUGUGGAAGACAGGAGAAUUUACACUGGUCAUUGGUUUAGCACAGUGUUUUUAAAGCCUUUGUCCUCUGCAAUGCAAAAUGAUGCAGUCACAGUUACCCUGGAAAAUGUGGAUCUUCCUCUAGGCAUUUGAGGGAGUCUUCAGGAGAGGACUGGAGUGAUGUAAGAUUUGAUGGAUUUGGAAUAGACUGAUGCUGUAUGAGGACAAUUACUGUACUUGCGAACUUAUAACUAAACUGAGCUAUCUCACACACACACGCACACACACUCUCUCUCUUUUGACACUGUAUACAGAACCUCUUUCUCUUUCUCCCUAUAACGGAAGACUCAAAUCUUGGUGCAUGUUCAAGUCUAACCUCAGCUUUCUAUCUCACACUCUCUCUCGUAUGAACAUCACUAGGUGCAUUUUACAGCUUGGUAUGAUCAAUAUAUCAGGAUAAUAUUUUUGUACACCUUUUCCUAUGGAAAUUAUUGAAAUUUUCAGGUUUAAGGAAUGCCUAGAUAGAACUAAACACACUUUUUCUCAUUCUGUCACUUUACAAACUUUUUAUAUAUGGUAUAUAUAGUGUAUAUCCUUUCUCUCGCUUUCUCUCUGUCACUCACACACAGGUACAAAGACUUCUGCUGUCACUCUUUAUUAGUUUUUCCAAAGUCCUCUGAAUUCUCUCUGAGUAAGACGUCGUGUUCAGCCAAUGAACAGCACUGCUGUACUCCUGUUCACAUCACUCCAGACUACUCCACAGGCAUAGUGUGAGUAGUGUGCAGGUGUACUGGGCACGUGUUGGCUAGUAGACUGGCAUCCACACUCGCACACCUGCCCUGUCACUCACAGGCUGGUAUUUCAGAGAGGAGUGGGCCAAAGAAAGGAUUUUGGGUCUUCUAAGGGAGCGGAAAUUAAAAUGACAAAGUACUUCAGAUUUUUUUCUUCAGUUGAGGGAGAGGGGACUGUGUUGUAGGAGAUGUCCCCUCGUGAUAGCUUUUAGUUCUUGUAGUGUUCUUUUGGUGUCAGUGGCAAACGGCAAUAACCUGCUGUCAAAUAUUAACUAUGCUGCAAGACCCUUAAAACGUGUCUCCUUAAGUUUGUGUGUCUGUUUGUCUUGAAUUUUACUAUGGAAACCUUAAAUAUGCUUGGAAUUCUAUUGUGUAUACAUGUAUGCAUACAAAUACAGUUUGUAUUUUAACAUUUUUAACAAAGAACCACUCUAGAGAGUUUAUAUUGAUGAUGAACUGAUGUGAAUUGGAAUCUCAAUUGUUGGUACAGAAGGUUGAAAUAAUGACCUUCUGGAACAACCUGUUGCCAUGGAAAUGCCUGUGACAUCACUGUACAGCAUUUCUCUGUCUUAUCUCCUAGGCAACAGGUUAAAUACUGGAUCAUUCUCAAAACUGCUGUUUUUGCUGAGAACGUUUUUUUCUUAGUAUUAUGAGUUAUUUUGCCAAAUGUUUGCUGUAUUAAUGUCUGUUGGGUUCAUUUGCAAAUAUUUUAACUUUAGUUUGCUUGUCUUAAAAUUCAUGGGCUGUAUUCAUGCAGAUCGUUUUACAUGUUGAAAAGGUAGAUAUUGCUGGCAAGAAUUUUAUUCUAAUUGAUUUUUUUUUAAUAGAAUAGACUAAGAGGCAACAAGACUAUAAGUAUUACAAAUACUGCUCCUUAUCUCAUGUAGCUCAGUAAUACAGAUAUGACAUCCUUAUAGCUGUCAAACUCACAUCAGUACGAACAAGGAAAUUGGACUUAUGCUACUCUACACGCUAACAUGCACACAAAUGCACACACAGGCUGCUGGGGAAUGACCCCCAAGAAUUGAGGGAGGGGGUGAUAGAAAAAAAAAGCUCCAGCAGGAAAUAAAGGUAAAGUAAUAUAUUUUAAUAAGGCAAUAAUUGAGCCACAGUCCUCUAUUUUCAUUAUUCACUGUUUAUUUCUUACAGUUACCAUUUUUGUAUGGUAUGUUGCUUAGCUGAAUCAUUGAAACUGAUAUUUUAAAUGUUUUGCUUCCAUUUGAGGCAAUUUGCUCUGAUUUCUAUUAGAUAAAGGAAAUUUGGUGCUGUAAAUAGCAGUUUCAUUUUAUUUUCAUUAAAUUAAAAAAGAAAAACUCAGUGCUUGUGCCAAAUGUUCAAUGCAAUGUAUCACACUGUGUACUGAGCUGGGUUACCCUCUUCCUGCUGCAAAAUGAUUGGUCUAGCCAUUAUGAUGUCAUAAAAGGAAAGCAGGGCCCUGGCUGUUGACUUGGGUUUUCAUUGGUCCUUUUCUGCAUCCACUGGAAGAAUGUGUAGGUGUGUCACUUCAGGGUGGGCAGCAACUUUCACAGUCGUGUCACAGAUUUAACACAUACGGUGCUUAGGGUAUUCCUGCUACGUUGACUCAGUGUUGUAAUGUUAUCAUAAUGGUACAAUAGCAGUCUUUGGGCUUGUACUCUUUCUUAAUACUUGAUGUGUAACCAGUACUUCUCCUGACCUGAUUCAGCCUUUAUUUGGUGAAUCCAGUAAGUGCGGUCAGUUUGGCUCGGACACCCGGGUACCAGACGCAGGGAGGGGCACAGGGUGUAGCGCUCCAUACAGACCCAGGGAGGGGCACAGUGUAUAGCGCUCCAUACAGACACAGGGUGGAGCUGUGAAUGUAGCUCUUCAUACAGACAUAGGGAGGGACUGUGUGUGUCGCUCUCCAUACAGACACAGGGAGGGGCACAGUGUGUAACGCUCCAUACAGACACAGGGAGGAGCUGUGAAUGUAGCUCUUCGUACAGACACUGGGAGGGGCUGUGUGUGUUGCUCUCUGUACAGACACAGUAGAACACAUUUUCAGCCAUUGUCACUCCAGAACUCAGCUCACAGAACAUGGGCAAUGAACUAAGAAAGGCAUACCUGUGGGUAUUGUAUGGAGGGGGUUGAAAGUGUGGGCAGGGUGGACUUAGAGGAGAGGUCAGAUUUUAGGAUUUUAGGAAUGGAGAAGGUGGGUUAAGAGAUGUGGUCAGGAUAGAGCUGAAGGAGUUUUCAGGUAAAUAUAUGGGGAAGGUAGGAGUUGCCCCUGUCAAAAAGUGACUGAGAGUCACACACACACAUCCCUCCACCAAUGUGACCCUCUCCCCAGGUCAGUGUGACACUGAUUGGGGAUGUAAAGGGGUAACUGUUUGGAUUUCCAGUCCUGUGCCUUGUUUCAGACUUUUGACCCCUUCCAGGGUCUGCUGACACCCCCACUCCUUCCCCUCCCUGCUCUCUGUGGAAUGGAUGGAUGUCACUUUGGCCUGCUUUCUUUCAAUCAAGGUUUACAUUAAAAUCAUAUCAAAUUUACUGACCUUCCUUUAAACAAAGGGAAAUUUAAAAAUACUUUUUGAA